UAGUUCGCUUUUAAACAGGAAAACAAUCCAACUAAAUGGAAAGUCGUGCUUACGCUAACAGGAAAUCAGAUACAAGGCAAAAAAGGUAUGGGGUAACUAACGAGCAUCGCCGAGGAAAAAUCACUAGAGAAAUCUGCGACUUCGUGGCAGUUCCAAAGGAUCUCAUGGGUUUUGUGAUUGGCACGAACGGAAGUUCGAUAAAACUAAUAGUGAGGGAGUCAGGAGCACGACUCACUUCAGACACCAAUCAGGGUGGCUUUUCAGUCAGCGGUAAUGAAGGGCAACGCGCACGUGCAAAGCAACUCAUCCAUCAAAGAAUGGAGGAAGCCCAGACUAAAAAUAGGAGGAAAGUAUAUCCCCGACAAUUUGUGAAAAUUCCGAGUGAAUUCGAGAAUCUCGUGAAAGGAAAGGGAGGAGACAAUCUUCAUAACAUUUGCACAGUGACUGGCGCAAAAGUUCUUUCUCGAGGAAAUAAUUCCUUUGAACUGAAAGGAAAAAAGAAAAAUGUACAGCAUGCUGAGUUACUCAUGAAACGAAGAGUGGCCUCAGCGAGGGUCAAACCGGACAAGAUGUGCUGUUACAUUGACGACAGAAAUCUGCCGGGGGGUUGCGAACUACAACUUGUGCCAGUUGAAGAAGAAGACCGCAUGGUGUUACCAGGAUCACAUUCACAACACCGGCUGAAACCGUCUGAGGAACACGAAUUGUUUCAAGGAGCAUGUGGUCGAGGCGAAACCGUUCCAAGCUAUCAAAACGACCUUGUAGCAAAUGCACUUGAAUGUUUACACAAGAUCAAACGUGGAAUUGAGUCAAACAAAUUUCACGAAGCAGAUUUGUGGUGUCACAUCGGGACCGUUAUCAUCCGAGACCCUGAUGAAGCGGAUGUUGGAGAAACAUGGGAUAUUCAGGAAGCAGUUGACAAGCUCAAGAAAAGGAAUUGGCGCCUUGCGUUCAAGGAAGGUGUGCAAAUCAGCAAACACCUGCUACAGGAGACGUUUGGUUCACCAAAGACAGACGAGGAUUAUAUGUCAAGAUACGAUCUAAGUUUUAUUACACCUCAAGGCAGAUCACUAAGAUGUAAGGUGUGGGUUGCAAACCAAGAUGUGCAAACAAAACUAGAAGAAAUUCCAAUUCCUUUCAGUGACAUCAAACAUGUUGUGGAAGAACUUCAUUUCGAAGAUGAAUUUACCAGGUCACGAUGUCGAGGAUGGUUGGUUCUGCCAUCGCAAAAAUAUCUCCAGGCUGACAUAAUUUUUCCCGGCUGCCAAGUCGAUUGCAGGCUCAUGAUAAGACCUAAAACAUGUACAGCCAUUGAAUUAAAUAACAGUAGAGAUGAAGCAGAACAAGCAAAGGCAUUAGCUGAUUUUCUGUCCAGGAAGUUAACAUUUACAGUAACUGAUGGAUUGCAUGUGCCUAAAAAAGAGCUACCGACGGGAUUAUUAUUCAAACAUAUGCGCUGCUCCCGUCGAACACUGUAUGAACCCCGAGAAGGAUUCACUUUGAUAAUUUCUGAAGAAAGCACUUGGUGUAGUGACGUCAGAGGGGAGCAGAACAGAGAAACAACUGAUCUCCACCUUGGUCGAGAAGAGUGGGACCGUGCUCUCGCUGGUAAAGACUGGGAACCGGAAAUGAUCGCCUCCAAACUGCCUGAGUUUCUCCAGUUUGUUUAUCAGGUUCAAGAUUUUCUAACAAUGCAUAACCGCAAUAUAUAGAGGAUGAGCUUUGGAAAAGACGGAACAACUUCCAGCUCUAAAGUUUUCUUUCAGCUUAGUUAUAUGUUACUUUCUAUAUCAUUUGUUUAAAGCGAAAAAAAAAAAAACAGAAAAAUUACAAGUCUCGGUAAUGUUCACGGAGGAACAGAAGAAGAUUUUACCUUAAUUGAACAAUUUUCACUGAGAGAAUCCAGUCUUGAUACUUUUAGAAAAAGUACUUUUUGGCCACUGGGUUGCUGUGACAUGGCGUUCAUUGUGUCCAUUGCUUCGGAUUGCAAAUUCGUCUCUCUUUCUUUUUUGAGUUUUUUAAUUUUUGAUCUGUUUAGUUGCUUAUUUGUUAAUUUUUAUUUCUUUUGUUUUAGCUUUCUCCGUGUUAUGGGUGAUUGCAACGUCAGAAAUUAACAAAGCUCAUUUUUAAAACUUA